GAAAAGCCGGAAUUUAGGAUCCUUUCGCCACAAUUUAUGUGCAAUUCAAAGGAUACCAAUAGCUCAAUUGAAUCUCCACCGGAAAAAAUUACAAUUCGCUUUCAGCCGAAGGAAGGCAAGAAACUCACAUACUUAGUGCGAGUUUAUUUUGAAUUCAUUGAAGGAUGGAAGAGUCAGAGGCAUACAAUUUCUCUCUGGCGAAGCAUUCGAAUGCUCGAAAAGAGGAUUCGGAAUACAAGUGAAGAGAUUUCAAUGAAUAAUCAGAUUCAUAUAGAUCAAAAGGAACUUACUCCCGGGGUGAUUUACACUUUCAAUAUCGGCGGAAAGGAUUCAGUUGGGGACAUGAGUGCUGAGAAAAAUGUUACUGUUAUAUAUCGAGCGGAUAAUGGUGCUAAAUCCAAAAGGGAUAUUUCACUGUUGCUCAUUGGAUCCGUCUACAUGUACGGUCAUUUGCCACUCCUCAUUCAGGCCAAUUUGAUUUUUUGUGAACCUACUAAUGACUAUGUGUUCAAAUGGGAUAUGCAAAACUUGGAGGAAGAACAUCGAAUAUGGCUAAAGACUCCUGGAAAAACUUUCUACUUGCCGCCAAAUCUUGUCAAACCUACUCAACAAGACAGGAUCGAUGUUCAAGUCCUUAAUACAAAUCGAACUGAAAUCUACACACAAUCAACGAUGAAAUUGCACAUUUUGAAGAGAGAUUUCUUUGCCAUUCUCACCCCUAUGAACCUAUCUAUUGGAAUUGACCGUCGAAUUUUGUACAAACUAUCAAUUUCGCAAAUGGAUGUUGAUGAGUAUGCAGUUGAGGUAUCUUGGGACUGUGAAGAUUUACUGAACAGUAAUGAUACAAGGUGUGAGAAUUUCGAGGGAAGCUCUAGCCACAGGCUGGAAGUAUUUUUUACCGCUUCGGGAAUGUAUCGUAUAACUGCAAUUAUUACGUAUCAGGAGCUUACGCAGGAGCUGUCUUCGUAUGUAACCGUAGAUCCUAGGAUAAUAGCUUCCGUGCAGUUUCCUAAUAUUAAGCCUGAACCUCUAGUCUCGUGGAGAUCUCUAAGAGUACCAGUUAUUGUUAACAACGUCAUCCCUCUCUGUCACCUUCAGUGGAGUACAGUAAACGUAACUGAGGAUCCUAGAUAUGGAUUUAUCGAUAGAUCCUAUUUUCCAAGUCGGGUUAUUCCGGACUUGGAGAAGAAUUUUCUGUCAGACAUUGUAGAAAUCAGUAAUGCUACAUAUUCUGAAGAUUUUCCACUCGUAGUUCCUGCAGGAUCCGAAGACUUUGCAGGGAUAGAACCUGAGAAGUCCUACGUCUUUCGUCUACUAGUAACGUGUCCCGCACCUAUCCAGGAAUGGGAUAGUGAGAGCGAAGGAAAUGUCACGAGUUAUACAGAUUUGAUUUUAGGCUCAAAACAAGCACCAAUUGCUAGACCCUUGCAGGUUUUUCCUGAGGAGGGGACAGCCCUAAAAACCCUUUUUACUAUGUUUACGGGAACUGCUACGGACACUCCUGAUGACUAUCCCUUAAGGUACCUAUUUCAGUAUCAAAUUGGGGGUAUAUUGGUGGAUUUAGAGGAGUACUACGAAAAUAUGGAGAUCAUCACAGAACUUCCCUAUUCCGAAGAACCUAUUAGGAUAUUUUACAGAGUUUGUGAUACUAGAAAUGCCUGUUCAAGGACAGAAGGACCCCCUAUUAGGGUCAAUUUGACUGAAGAUUACUCAGAUAAGGAAUUCCAGUUCAAAUUGGAAAAGAUAAAAUCAAUGAUUUUCCGAACAGACUACACCAAUAUGUUUUCAACGAGUAUCUCCUGUAUCUUUACGUUCAAGGCUUUUGGUAAUAAGAAAUUCUACGAUAGAUUGAAAGUUGAACUUCUUCAGGAGAUCCAGAGGGAGACUAGUCGGCUAGAGACAUUCAAGAGUGAAGAUAUGUUCAUUUCUGAGCAAAAGAUUCUCUCCUUUGUGAAAUACAGCAAAAUCCUGGCAGAACUUCUAGGUGACAGGAGCAUUAAGUUAAAGGAAAAGCUACUGAACCUCUUGAAUACUAUCCCUCAAAGCAGAUCAGAUGAAUAUGGAUCUUCAGAUGAAAGUAAUUUGGUCAUGAAGCGAUCAAUUGACGAAGAAUCUUUUGAAGAAAGGAAUUUAUCUGAAGAUGACUUCCUUCAGAAAGGAAUAUUGGAAUUACAACUCAGAGAGGCUAUUAUAAAUUCUCAAAAUAAUUCAGAAAACUCCGAAGAAAACCUACAAUUGAAGCAGAACUUUACCCAACAGGUUAGAGAUUUUAUAGGAAACCUUUUGUGUCCUUCAAUGCAAUUGUCAACGGAAUACAAACUUGUAUCGUCAGACUUUUCAUUGGAAAUCUACCGUGGAAAUGGCUUUCAGGCUCAAGUGCGGAAUUUUUCACUCCCAGCCUCUCCAUCCGGAGACAAACUUUCCAGUGGAUUUGUUUUCCUAAGGAACGUUUUUGAUACUCAACCUACAGAGGAGUACUGUGCUUCGAGAAUUGCAUACUCCUCGGACUUUCUAACUGGCGAUCUUAGUCAGGAAAUAAUCAGCGUAGAUCUCUUUGAAAUUGAUUCCGAAUUGAAUUCUGCGAGGAUUUUAGAACCAGGGAGAGACAGUGAAAAGUUUUCUGUGAUAUCCUUCCAAUUGAGUAAUGAAAGGUAUCCGGAAGAAGUAAAAUGCGUUAUCUGGAAUGGGGAAACCUGGACAGAUGAAUACUGUCUGGUUUUAUCAGUAGAUCCGUCUAGUAUUGAAUGCCAGUGCUCUACACUCGGAUUUGUAAAACCAUUUUCCGAUUAUCGUUAUGAAUAUUCUGAGGAUUUCUUAAACGUCACAAUUACGACAGAAUUGAUAAACACAACCCCAACAAUUUCAUCAACCAACGAACUAAUCAUGCAAAGCGAAUCAACAGUGAAUGAUCCUCCAGUUGACUACAUCUUAAAAUCAAAUGUCAUUCAAACUGAAUCUCUUGUAAUCACAACUGAUAUCAAACAAACUGCGAAAAGUGUCUCCGAUAUGUUCACCUUCUCUCCAAUUGUCAACAAAGGAGCUGAAGAAGUUGUGUCAGUGACGACCACAAUUCAGAAAAAUUCUUCAGAACCAACAGAUGAUCAUGAAGAAAUUGUCAGAGAAUCCAGCUACUCGAGCCUAAUUGGUUUCAUCGUCAUAGGAGUAUUUUGCCUAAUCAUUAUCUUGAUGCUAUCAUUGAAUCUCUAUUUUAUGCGCAAAAAGAGAAAAAUGAAACAUCUCCAGGAAUUGCAGAUAAUGUCAACCGAAGCCAGAAUGCAGAGCGAAGAGAUAAAAUAUGCUCGCUUCUACGAUGAACAAAUGCUGUCAGGAAAUUAAUAAAGACUUUGGGUUUCUGCGGUAGGAUAUUUUUUAAAAUCUCCUUUUUUUAUUUGUAUUCUUAAAUACUGACAUUCCUUCUUAUUUUAUCUCAAUUUCUUCCCUUCAAUCAUUAAAGCAUUCUUUUCAAUUUUUUUCUCCUUUUAAAAAUCAAAAACUGUUCAAUUUUUUUUCUAUGGCAGUAAAUUGAAAAUUCUUUUCAUCUCUUUUGUUAUUUUUUUUCUUCAUUCUUUUUCAAUUCAAUUGCAAACUAAUCUGUUCUCUUUAUCAAAUAAAACACUCUUUUUCUUUUUUUU